GUGCUACCAUAUGGAGACCCCCGCGGCCGCCGCCCCUGCUGGGGGCUUCUUCCCCUCUUUCCUGUUCCUGGCCUUCGGGACGCUAGUGGCCGCCUUGCUGGGCGCUGCUUAUCGCCUGGGGCUCUUCUAUCAGCUAACGCAUAAGGUGGACAAGGCAAGCAUCCGGAAUGGUGGGGAGAAUGUGGCAGCUGUACUGAAGGCCCAUGGUGUGAAGUUCCUUUUCACACUGGUUGGUGGGCACAUUUCCCCACUGCUGGUGGCCUGUGAGAAGCUGGGCAUUCGUGUGGUGGACACCCGCCAAGAAGUCACGGCCGUCUUUGCUGCCGAUGCUGUGGCCCGCCUGACUGGGUCUGUGGGCGUGGCGGCAGUGACGGCAGGCCCUGGCCUUACCAACACAGUGACUGCGGUGAAGAACGCCCAGAUAGCCCAGUCCCCGGUCCUGCUUCUGGGUGGGGCUGCCAGCACCCUGCUGCAGAACCGGGGUGCACUCCAGGCUGUCGAUCAGAUGUCCCUGUUCCGGCCACUCUGCAAGUUUUGUGCUUCUGUGCGAAGGGUGAGAGAUAUCAUCCCCACCCUGAGGGCUGCGAUGGCUGCUGCUCAGUCGGGCACCCCUGGCCCAGUGUUUGUGGAACUGCCUAUUGACGUGCUGUACCCCUAUUUCAUGGUUCAGAAGGAGAUGGUGCCAGCUAAGCCGCCCAAGGGCCUCAUGGGUCGAGGAGUCUCCUGGUACUUAGAAAAUCACCUGGCUAACCUCUUUGCAGGAGCCUGGGAACCUCGGCCUGAGGGGCCUCUGCCUCUGGACAUCCCCCAGGCUUCCCCUGAGAAGGUUCAGCGCUGUGUGGAGAUCUUGAGCCGGGCCAAAAGGCCCCUUAUGCUCCUUGGGAGCCAGGCCCUGCUGCCCCCAACACCCGCAGACAAACUUAGGGUUGCCGUGGAGACCCUGGGUGUCCCCUGCUUCCUGGGGGGGAUGGCUCGGGGACUGCUGGGUCGCAACCAUCCCCUCCACAUCCGGCAGAACCGCAGUGCCGCCCUGAAGAAGGCAGAUGUCGUCAUCCUGGCAGGAAUGGUGUGUGACUUCCGCCUGUCCUAUGGCCGUGUCCUCAGCCGCAGCAGCAAGAUCAUCAUUGUCAACCGUGACCGGAAAGAGAUGUUGAUCAACUCAGACAUAUUCUGGAAGCCGCAGGAGGCUGUGCAGGGAGACGUGGGCUCUUUCGUGGUCAAGCUGGUGGAGGGCCUUCAGGGCCAAACGUGGGCCUCGGACUGGGCAGAGGAGCUGCGGCAAGCUGAUCGGCAGAAGGAGCAGACCUUUAAGGAGAAGGCAUUGAUGCCUCUAGCCCAGCACCUAAACCCAGUGCGGAUCCUGCAGUUAGUGGAGGAAACUCUGCCAGACAACUCUAUCCUGGUGGUUGAUGGUGGGGACUUCGUGGGGACUGCUGCCCACCUGGUGCAACCCCGUGGCCCCCUGCGCUGGCUUGAUCCUGGCGCCUUUGGGACUCUAGGGGUUGGUGCAGGAUUUGCACUUGGGGCCAAACUGUGUCGGCCAGAUGCUGAGGUCUGGUGCCUGUUUGGGGAUGGAGCCUUUGGCUACAGCCUCAUCGAAUUUGACACCUUCGUCAGACACAAGAUCCCAGUGAUGGCCUUAAUAGGGAAUGAUGCUGGUUGGACCCAGAUUUCUCGGGAGCAGGUGCCCUCUCUGGGCAGCAAUGUGGCCUGUGGCCUGGCUUACACUGAUUAUCACAAGGCAGCCAUGGGACUGGGGGCCCAGGGCUUGCUGCUUUCACGAGAGAGUGAGGAUCAGGUGGUCAAGGUGCUGCGUGAUGCCCAGCAGCAGUGCCAAGAUGGCCACCCGGUUGUGGUCAACAUCCUCAUCGGGAGGACAGACUUCCGAGAUGGCUCCAUUGCCGUGUAGGACCUCAGGGGUCAGUGCUCUUGGCUCUCUUCCCAUCCCUGGACUGUGCCUAGCUGGUCUGGAGUCUCAUCCUUGCCUUCCCUGGGCCUAUCCUCUGAGGCCCAGUGACUCUGCAACCCUCCCUGAGGACAGGGAGGGUCUGGAGGGGUCAGGGCUCAGAGGCUCCUUGGCAGCACAGAGCCCUUGGGCCUUUUUCUUUGUGGGCCCAAUGGUGCCCUUUCUCCCCUCCUCUUUCACACACUGAAUAAACCAUCUCUGGUCCACAUGGGCCCAAGUACUCAUUCCA